AUGGCUCUGCUCACUCCCGCCAUCCUUGGCCUCCGCCGCGAUGCCCGCAUCCUGAAGAUUCCGCCCUACCUGUCCGCUCUGUGCAUCGUCGUCGGCGUCAUCUGGCUGUUCCUGCUGCCAUUGAACGACUACUCGCGCCAGACGUACAUCUCCGAGAACGCCCUGCUGCCCGGCCAGGUCCACACCUACUUCGGCGGCAGCGAGCACAACAUCUUCCGCGCAUUCAGGCACGAGGUCCAUGCCCUGGUCGACAAGGAUGUCUACGAGCGAAAUCAGGCGCUGGAGGAGAUCCUGAAGUCCGCUGGCCUGAAGACGGCUCGCCAGAAGUAUUCCUACAAGGUUCCCGGAAAGAACGUGGUCGGCGAAAACGUCUACGGCGUCAUCCAAGGUCCUCGCGCCGAUGCUACCGAGGCCGUCGUGCUAGUCGCAUCCUGGGAGACGGUCGAUGGCGAAAUCAACCAGAGCGGUGUUGCUCUGGCCCUCACUCUGGCCCGCUAUUUCAAGAGGUGGUCGCUCUGGUCCAAGGACAUAAUCGUACUGAUCACCAGCGACACCACCGCCGGCUCUCAGGCCUGGGUCGAUGCCUACCACAACACCCACGACCCCAGCAGAGUUGAAGCGCUUCCGCUCAAGAGCGGAGCGCUUCAGGGAGCUGUUGCUAUUGAGUACCCAGCCGGCCCUUGGGGCCACCGCUUCGACAAGCUCCACUUGCUCUACGACGGCGUCAAUGGCCAGCUACCCAACCUGGACCUUUUCAACACUGCCGUUUCUAUUGCCAGCGGUCAAAUGGGAAUCGGAUGCACGCUCCAGCGCAUGUGGAACCACCAGGAUACCUAUGAAGAACGCCUCCAGACGAUGCUCCGCGGCAUGAUCAGUCAGGGUCUCGGCCAUGCCUCCGGGCCCCACAGUGCCUUUAUUCCCUAUCACGUCGAUGCCAUAACGAUCCAGACCACGGGCAGUGGCUGGAACGACGAGAUGUCUCUGGGCAGAACGGUCGAAAGCUUAUUUCGCAGUCUGAACAACCUUCUCGAGCACUUGCACCAGAGUUUCUUCUUCUACCUCCUGAUGCAGGCCAACCGCUUCGUCAGCAUUGGAACCUAUCUCCCGAGUGCCAUGCUCAUUGCCGUCAACUUCACCAUAACGGCCAUCGCACUUUGGGUUCAGAGCGGACGUCCUCCAAUCCCCGACGAGAAGCCCGCUUCAACCGAGACCAAAGAUGAGAAGAAGCCAGACAUGACUGUCGUCAGGGAAGGAAGCGACGUCGCCAUCGUCCCAUCCGUCCUCUUCAAGACCGUGGAGCGCAAUCUGAUCCUCCCUCUCGCUCUCGUCAGCGGUGUCCACUUCCUCGGUCUCAUCCCCCUAACCAUUUUCAACCAUACCUCGAGCGACCACCUCGGCAAUGCCUUCAUCCUCGUCACCGUCAUCACCCUCGCCGCCCCGCCGCUGACGUCCUUCCUCCUCACCCGCCAACUCCACCGCGCCCUCACGACCCAGGAGACGUGCCUCCUGCAGUGCUUCUCGCUCCUCCUCCUGGGCAUGUUCUUCUCCGCCCUCGCCACCCUCAACUUCUCCCUCUCCUUCCUCGUCGGCCUCUGCGCCGCUCCCCUCACCUUCGUCCGCCCGCCUUCUUCCUCCUCGUCGUCACGCAACCGCAAACUCCUGCUCGCAGGCGCCCAGUACGCCCUCCUCGUCCUGUUCAGCCCGGUGACGGUCGUGGCCCUCGCGAGCCAGGAGUUGGAGGGUAAAUGGUUGCUGAACGUGGGCGAGUGGAUGGUGGGCGGUGGUGGUGGCGGCGGCGGCGGUGGCGGCGUCGGCGGCUUGGAGGCCGUCAGGCAGGUGCUGAUGCAGGCGGCGUUCGGGUGGCACGUGUGGGGCUUGUGGACGCAGGUGGUCGUGUGGUUGGUGUGGUGGCCGGCGUGGUUCGCCGGCGCGGUCGUGGUCAGUGAGGGCUUCUUUGCUUGA